UUCUGUGAUAAAAAAAUGAUUUUAUUACUGUUAUUUAUUACUGUAUUAUUGGUUAAAUAAAAUAUAUUCAUAAUUGGCAAUACGAAGUUACAUCAUAAUUCAAAUUUUAUAAAUUCUAAAAUUAGAGUUUCGAUUUAGUACGUUAUUAAAAAUGUCAAAGAAAAAAAAUAAAAAUUCUAAUAAUAAAAGUAAAGAAAUUGACAAACAAUCAUCUAUGAAUCCUACAAAGAAAAAAUUGACUAGUAGACAACGAAAAGCACUCACAAAAAUUUUGGAAAAAAAACAAAAGAGUUUUAAGAGAUCUGAAAUGUUAAAUGAACUUAAAAGUUUAGAGCUUUCAGCAACAUCAUUAUCAUUAAUGACAUCAAUUAGUCAAACUCAAACAACUGGCUUAAGAAAUGCUGUAAAUAAAAAGAAAAAAUCAUCUAAAACAUCAGAAAAAUGUGAUUCCAAAAUUGUUGAAAAUGAAGAAGAUGCACACAUAGAAAGUCAAAAUAUUUGAAAUUGUUUUACGAUAUACAAAUGUUAAUUUGGUGGCCAUAAUAGUUUCACUUCAUCAUGAGCUGUCUGGGGUAACCAUAUUAAAUAUUCCUCUAACAAAUCUAAAAACAUUGUUAAAUAUUCUUAUAAAACUCAUAAAACAAAUAUAUAUGUAUAUGUUUUUUAUUAACAA